CUCCCACAGAUGGAAAUGAAAUUAGCAGGUAAGAAUAAUUUAUGUUAUUUGUGACAUUAAUAAAUAACAUGACUCCUAUUUUAUUUCUUCUAACAGGUAGAUUCAUAGACUGUGAAAAUCCUAGUCAUGGCCAAAAUGCAGAUGCUUCAUUCAGUCUUUUGCAGAAUCAAAGAAAUCAUGUGGGAAAUGUAUGUUUUGAAUAUGGGAAAUCUUUCACCCAGAAUGCCCAUCAGACAGUUCAUACAGAUGAGAAAGCAUUUUCAUGUUCUGAAUGUGGCAAAUGUUUUACUCAGAAAUCACAUCUUUUUUCUCAUAAAAAAAAUCAUACGGGAAGAAAACACUUUUCAUGUUUAGAAUGUGGGAAAUGUUUUACUCUGAAAUCAUAUCUUAAUAGACAUCUGACAAUUCAUACAGGAGAAAAGGCAUUUUCAUGUUCUGAAUGUGGGAAAUGGUUUCCUCUGAAAUCACAUCUUACUGCACAUCAGACAAUUCAUACUGGAGAGAAACCAUUUUCCUGUUCUCAAUGUGGGAAAUGUUUUACUCAGAAAUCAAAUCUUAUUACUCAUCAUAAAAUUCAUGCAACAGAGAAAAAGUUCUCAUGUUCAGAAUGUGGGAAAUCUUUUAAUCUGAAAUCAUAUCUUCUUACUCAUCAAAGAAUUCAUUCAGGAGAGAAAGCAUUUUCAUGUUCUGACUGUGGGAAAUCUUUUACUCAAAAAUCACAUCUUAUUACUCAUCAGAAAAUUCAUACAAGGCAGAAAAUUAUUUGUUCGGAAUGCGGGGAAUGUUUUACUCGGCAAUCACAUCUUAUAAGACACCAGGCAAGACAUACAGGAGAAAACGCAUUUUCAUGUUCUGAAUGUGGAAAAUGUUUUACUCUGAAAUCAAAUCUUAUUAAACACCUGAAAAUUCAUACGGGAGAGAAAACAUUUUCAUGUUCAGAAUGUGGGAAAUGUUUUACUCUGAAAACAAAUCUUAUUACUCAUCAGACUAUUCAUACAGGAGAGAAAGCAUUUUCAUGUUCUGCAUGUGGGAAAUGUUUUGCUAGGAAAUCAAAUCUUAUUAGACAUCGGAAAAUCCAUAUAGGAAAUAAUCAUUUUGAUCUAAAAAAAAAAACGUGAGUAUUUGGAACCAUGUAAACUUUAGAAAACCCACGUAAGGGCUACCACUCUGACUGUUAAGCCCAGUUAGUAUAACUUAGCUCAAAUGAGAGUGCUCUCAGGUCAGAAAAUGAAUGUUAAAGGGACAUAAAACAGUAUGAACUAACAUAAGUUUCUAAAUAUAUAAUACAACCAAAGCUUACCUGCAAAAUGGUUACUGUUUUAACCACAUUAACUCCCUUAAUUCAGGCAUAGUUUUGUUUGCAGCAAGCUCCCCUUUCACAAAGUAUGUGACAUUAUCCCCAUGGAAACAAGCAAGCCUAUUGGCAAUAAACAAUAGCAACCUGCUGUCCCUCGUCAAUCCUUCCUUACUUGCAUAAGGUGCCGGGCAUGUGUUUUUUUUUUUACAUUUAGCCCUGGCAGGCAAGCAGACCACAGCAGCAGUCCUGAAGUUUUUUUUUGUAAUUUUAAUAGUGGUCAGUGCGGCAGUAAUGUGAGAAGUGAACUUGAGGGGAGAGUGAGAACAGGAACAGCAAAUGUUUACAGCCUGCACGCAGGCUUCUUUAGAGAGGAGUGGGCGAUAGUUGGCAAAUCUGAGCGGCCACUUUAAUUUCAUGCCUUCGUAUUUAAGCACGCCUGCCCUAAAAACAUGCAGCUGAUAAAGUCUCCCGAUGUUCUGAGAGAGCUUGAAAUUAAAGUUGCCGCUCAGAUUUGCCAACUACCGCCCACCCCUCUCUACAGAAGUCCGCAUGCAGGCUGUAAACAUUUGCUGUGUUUGGACACACAAAGCAGUACAGGUUUGACUGGCCCCUGGACAUGAGGAUAGUGUGCCAGUGGAAACGCUAAUCCAUGUUAAUGGAAACCAAAUGCUACAGGCUGUGGUUAUGCUGGUAAUUGAUUGGUUGCUAAAGUGAGGGAAACAGGAAUCGAUUCAGAAGCCAUUGCUGCCCUAUUUCUGACGUCAACGGUAGCAGAACUAUUCGGCAUUCUAGGUUUUUUGUUGGCAUUGACUGCUUAGUUCCCAACAUGGAAGGAAAGAACAGUUCAGAAGUAUAGAGACCAAGUUUAGCCAUGGACAUUCUACAGGGUGGUGAGUUUAAUUAGUGAAACGCUGAUGAGGCUUCUAUGUGUCACAAACCAGCUCAGUUGUUGCUGAAAAAUAUAGAGCUGGAUAUUAAAUUUAUAUUGGAAAACUUGCUCAACAAGCUGCUCUCUGUUUGUAUACAAGGGUCAGGUUAAAGCCUAAACAUAAUACUGCAACAUUAUUUAGAUCUCAAUAUGUUAUUUGUUUAUAUGAAAACCAAACAUCACAAUAAAGUGUUAAGGGGAA